AUGCCUCCACAGGAUUCAGAGAGAACCCCCAUUCCAGAAACUCGGGGCCUCUCCGUCCUCAGUCAUGGCAAACAUGCCGCUGAGAAGGAACAGUCCAUGACUCUCUGGACUGCUCUUCGGACGUAUCCCAAGGCCAUCGGAUGGUCCGUCUUGCUGAGUUCAACCCUCAUCAUGGAAGGAUACGAUCUGGCCCUGCUCAGUUCCAUGUAUGCUUCUCCUGUCUUUAACAAAAAGUAUGGCGAGCAGACCGCUGAGGGGCGCUGGAAUGUGCCGGCAUCCUGGCAGUCGGGCCUGAGCAACGGUGCUCGCGCCGGAGAGGUCAUCGGCCUGCUACUGCUCGGGUUCAUUCAGGAGCCUCUAGGAUAUCGCUGGACAAUGGUGUCGGCCUUGAUCGCCAUGAAUGCCAUCAUCUUCAUCUUCUUCUUUGCCGUCAACGUCAAGAUGUUGCUCGCCGCCGAGAUCCUCGCGGGGAUUCCCUGGGGCAUUUUCCAGACGCUCCCCGCGCAGUACGCGAGCGAGGUAUGCCCAGUCGUGCUGCGGCCCUACCUGACGACGUUCAUCAACAUGUGCUGGGUCAUUGGGCAGUUCGUCGCCGUCGGGGUCAAUCGGGGAAGCAUCCAGCGCGACGAUCAAUGGGCCUAUCGCAUCCCAUUUGCCGUCCAAUGGGUCUGGCCGCUGCCCAUCCUGUUGGGCAUCCUCUUUGCCCCCGAGUCGCCCUGGUGGCACGUCCGGCGAGGGAAUAUCGACGCCGCGAAACGUUCUCUCCAACGACUGACGUCGCCCAGCGAUCCUACUUUCGACCCGGACGCGACUAUCGCCAUGAUCCAGCAUACCAAUGAGCUGGAAAAGUCCCUGGCCGAGGGGACUCGAUACUCCGAUUGUUUUAAAGGCGUCAACCUGCGACGUACGGAGACGGUCGUUGGCAUCUGGCUUGUGCAGACUCUCUGCGGACAGAACCUCAUGGGGUAUUAUUCCUACUUCAUGGUACAGGCGGGACUCCCGACCGUCCAGUCCUUUAACAUGUCCUUGGUGCAGUAUGCGUUGGGAAUCGUGGGGACCAUCAGUUCAUGGUUCCUAAUGUCCAUGGCAGGUCGACGCACUUUGCAUGUAAGCGGACUGACCUGUCUUUUUACUCUUCUCAUCAUCGUAGGCAGUCUGUCUUUCGCCCCCGAGUCCAACAGUGCGGCCAAGUGGGCGAUUGGCGUUAUGCUUAUCAUCUUCACUUUCUUCUACGAUUCGACCAUUGGACCGGUGACGUAUUCCCUGGUGUCGGAACUGUCGUCGACUCGGUUGAAGGCCAAGACCAUUGUCCUCGCGCGCAUGGCCUAUAAUAUCAGCAACAUCGUGGUCAACGUGCUGACCAACUACCAGCUCAACUCGAGCUCGUGGAAUUGGGGUGCACGUUCGGCAUAUUUCUGGGCUGGGACGUGCCUGGUAUGUCUGAUUUGGGCUUUCAUCCGAGUCCCAGAGCCGAAGGGCCGGACAUACGAAGAGUUGGAUAUGCUGUUUGAACAGCACGUAUCGGCUCGGAAGUUUGCGCAGACUACGGUGGACCCGUAUGAGAAGGGGGCUGAGGGAGCAAAAUCCGAAUAG